AUUUCGACGCUUGCUGAGGUCAGAGUUCAGACACACUGAUGUCGUCAUGCGCUGAAGAUGGCAGACGGGGAAGGAGGAUGGUGGGGAGGCUGGCUGACUCAGAGCUUCCAGAGCGUCAAAGACAAGUCAGUUGAGGCGUACGAGUUUAUCAAGCGGGACCUGACAGAGUUCUCCAGCGUGGUUCAACAUGACACAGCAUGCUCCAUUGUUGCGACAGCGAACGCUGUUAAGAGCAAACUGGCCGUUGAAGGUUCAUCAGAGGCCACUGAAAAGGUGAAGAAGGGCCUUUCAAAUAUUCUGGGUGUGAUCACAGACACUUUGGCCCCUCCCCCAGACAUGACCAUCGACUGUGAUGUCAUCACGCUGGUGGCCACUCCUUCAGGCACGACAGAGGUGUAUGACAGCGGCAAGGCUCGACUCUACAGUCUUCAAGCAGAUCCGGCGACGUACUGCAAUGAGCCUGACGGCCCUCCACAGCAGUUUGACGCCUGGCUCUCCAGCUUCAUUUUAGAAGAGAGGAAGCCAGAGAUCUCUGAACUGCUGGUCAACAGUCCUGCCAUCAGAGCUCUCUAUACUAAAAUGGUGCCGGCAGCAGUGGCUCAUUCAGAGUUCUGGCAGCGGUACUUCUAUAAAGUGUUCCAGUUGGAGCAGGAAGAGGCCAGGAGGGUAGCGCUGAAGCAGAGAGCAGAGCAGACGGAUCAUUCUGAGAGUCUUGGUUGGGAGGAAGAGGACGAAGAAGGUGAGUUUCUCGGGGCCACGUCUUCAUCUCGCUUAGAUUUCACACCCCCCGUCGAAGAGGCUCGCGUCCCCGCGGUGACGAUAGAGUCCAUCCCUGAAAGCUCCUCACCCCCUCAAGUGGUGGUUUCCUCCAGCAACGUAGCAUCUGACGUCACCCCCUCCGUAAGCAGCGACAGCGUCAGUUUCCCCACCCAGAUGGAGAAUCAAGCGAACGUCACCGUCAGAGUCACGCAGCUGUCGCCCGCGGUGGACGAGGUCUCUCAGAAGCUGUCGGAGGCCAGUCUACAGGAGACGUUCCCGGAGGAGCGGCCCACGCAGCGUGAAGAGCCCGCCAGAGAGGAAGUAGCUCAAGACCUCCGGGUGUUUGAGCUCAACUCUGACAGCGGCAAAUCCACACCCUCCAAUAACGGCAAAAAAGGUUCGAGUACAGAUGUGAGUGAAGACUGGGAGAAGGAUUUUGAUCUGGAUAUGACAGAGGAGGAGGUUCAGAUGGCUUUGUCUAAAGUAGACGCAACAGAAGAGUUGGAAGAUGAGGACUGGGAGAACUGGGAGUGAGAAUUCUGGCCUGAAAUCGACGUGAGACGUUGCUGUUCCCAAAGUGAAACCAUGCUUAAUGUAUUUAACUCCUAGUCUACAGCCGCACCUGCUCAUUCAACCAGUCCAUCGAGCGGCUCUCCUCCUGCCAGUGAAGUCCACACGCUAGUUAAACACAUGUCAUCUGAAGUGUGUUCUCUAAUCAGAGCUGGUGACGGGUGAUCUGCUCCAAAACACUAAGACUGUUCAGAGAACGCACAGAUCGGUUCACGAGGAGAGGUCAUCUCGCCACGCCAUUUGUACAUUAAUGAUAUUCUUCUUUGGAGAUUUGAGUGGGAGAAUGCACAUUAAUCACCAGGGCUCCUGAUUAGCUGUAAUCUAUUAAGCUGUUCAUCAUUCUUAUAGGAUUAGAAAAUAAUCUUUCACAUUAAAUAUAUAUUUAUGUUUCUUUUUUCUGGCAUAUAGGUCUCUGGCUUCUUUUUUUAAAGUUAGCUUCUCUUGAAAUACUAACACAUUUAAUCGUAUGCAAGUUACUCUAGCAUUGAGAAUGGAAAUGGAGGGAUGCUUCAUUCGUUCUGCUGAUGCUCUAUUGUGUGGAAUGAAAAAAAUGUCAUGCAAAAGUUAAUAUUUCACUAAAUGCACCUGUUGUUUCCUGUGA